AUGGGGUUGAAGCAUCUCCUGCUGUUGCUGUUAACUGCAUUGCUAGUAGAGGUGAGCCUUCAGAGUGCUCCAGCAUCCGGAGCAGGAGUGGCCCUGAGAAAGGCAGUGAAAAGAGAUCUAAUUAGGAAAUGUGGCAGAGAGUUUCAAAAAAUUGUCAUAUAUGCGUGUGGAGCAUCUCGAUGGAAAAAGAUGGCCGCAAAGGAGGAAAGAAGCCCACCUAUUCCUCGUAGUGCACAUGCUGAAUUGGAUCAAACUGACAGCAAUGAAGGCCUGGAGAAUGUGAAGCGGACCAACCCUGAAGGGAUAGCCAACCCUAUUGGAUCAGAUUUACCACAGGUCAAAUAUCCCAGAAGAAAACGUGCACCUCAGAAUAUAGAAUACAAAUGUUGCGUAGUAGGAUGCACCUAUCAAGAAAUUGUUCGCGCUAUGUGUUAA